CGAACCCAAAGGCGUUCCGCUGGCGAUGGAGCCGAGCCUGCGCGCGCUGGAGGCGGGCGUGAUCAGGAUCAACCAGGCGCUCGGCUUGGCGCUGCUCGUCCGGAACGACGAGGCCAACCUGCGCAAGGUGCGCGACGCAGCCUUCACCGCCGCGCAGGCUGGCCGGCCGUGUCGCCGCUUGGGCGCGUUGCUUGAGGCCGAGGUGGACGCGGGGGCUCACGCGUUGGCCGAGGGGGACGGCAGCGCACAGCUCGCGGACCCGUCCGCUGCCAUCGCGCUGCUGCAGGCGUACGGCGAGGCGCUCGAGCCCUACCACUCGUGGGUCUUGCGGCAGGCGUUUCGGUAUUGCCCGAGAGGACCCGAGAGGACCCGAGAGGACCGGAGAGGACCCGAGAUGACCCGAGAUGCGACGAGAUGGCAUGAGAUGGCAUGAGAUGACCCGAGAUUGCCCGAGACGGCCCGAGGCUUGCGGCAGGCCUUUUCGGUCUUUUGCAGCGCCGCGCCCGACUACGAGACGCUGCUGCGGCUGAUUGGCCCCGGGCUGGGCGACGUGGAGCGCGAGGCGGUGGUGCUCGGGGAUAUCUACCACUUUGUGCGCGAGGCGACCCCCUUCCUCGCCCAGCUCGAGCGGCUCUUUUUCGAGCUCCGCCUCGAAGACACCCGAAAGAUCUAAGGCGCCGAGUGGAGGCGGGGCUGCGGCCCUUCGGGGGUGGGGCGGGGCCCUCUCGACGCCGAAUGGGGGCAGAGUGCCGUGGAGCAGUUCGCGAGGCGGUGCGCUUGUUCGUG